CUUCGUUCGAAAUUAUGCGGUAGGCUCUUCACCUCGCCGUGGCGGCUUACGCCCCGUUGAGCGGCUAUGCUCCCGCUAGCCGUCUUAAGUCCGUGAAUCGUGAAGUUCCAUUUUUCAGAUGAACGGGGUCCAGUAGAACACUCCAAAUCCGGUAUCAAGCGGAAUGAACGGCGACUCCCUUUGCGCCUUUCUGGAAUGAUAAUCCAGUUAUCAAGUUGUUGCGGCCGACGAGAACCUGCCUCCUUCGAAUCACUGUCUUCGAGUUGACGGCGGUGAAUAAGGCGUAAUUGCAUAGCCUUCCAGAUUUGAUUCGGGCAAGAAUGAAUCCACACACCGAGAAACCGGCCCUAUUGCUUUCGGACAGCGAGAGCGCUCAACUGAACGUGCUCCACAACAAUUCCGUUGACUCUUACAGCUGGGAUGCUUGCACCGUCGAAGUGAAGGAUCGUGCGACAGGCAAGCCGAAGCGCAUCCUCGACAAUGUCUCUGGCAUUGCCAAAGCUGGCGAAGUACUUGCGCUUAUGGGGCCAUCAGGCUCUGGGAAGACAACACUGUUGAAUGUUCUCGCCCAUCGGACAUCUACUAGUAAGGCGAAAGUCUCUGGAGAGCUUCUGGUGGACGACGAUGCUUUGUCUCCGGCUGCGUUCCGCUCUAUUGCUUCCUUUGUCGAACAGGAUGAUGCAUUGAUUGGGUCGCUCACUGCACGGGAGACGAUUGAAAUAGCGGCACACUUAUCGCGCCCUAGGUCAUCGAAAGCUCAGCGCAAUGCUCUUACAGCGUACCUCCUGACAGCCUUCGGUCUGAAUUCAUGCUCUGAUACUCUGGUUGGAACACCCAUCCGGAAGGGCAUUAGCGGCGGCCAGAAGCGCAGGGUCAGUGUUGCAAGUCAACUUGUGACUGGACCUAAAAUUCUAUUCCUCGACGAACCUACUUCUGGCCUCGACUCCACCGCCAGCCGUGAAGUGAUGUCCUUCGUUCGCAAGACAGCCAAAGAGCUUAAGAUCAUCGUCAUUGCAAGUAUCCACCAGCCGUCAACCGACACUUUCAAUCUCUUCGAUAAGCUUGCCCUGUUGUCUGCCGGGAAACUCUGCUACUUUGGAAAGGUAGAUCAGGUACCCACCUACUUCGAGUCAAUUGGACAUCCUAUCCCUUCGCACACAAAUCCAGCCGAGUACUUGCUGGACCUUGUGAACGCCGAUUUUGAGGGUACAGAUAAUGCGGUUCCGGCAUCAAUUCAAGACGCAUGGGCGAGCGGUCAGCAUAUGCCUGCACUCAGAGCGCCAUCGCGAUCCAACGCACCUACUCGUCUAGAGGUUAAAAGACCCUCCAACCUAAGCAAUUCCACGGUGCUCAUUCCGCUUCUCAAACGGUCAAUCAUGAAGAGCUACAGAGAUGUGCUAGCGUAUGGUGUUCGAUACGCCAUGUACACGGGUCUGGCCAUCAUGAUGGGGACAGUCUGGCUCCGGCUGAAAACGGAACAGGAGUAUAUACAAUCCUUCAUCAACGCUAUUUUCUUUGGCUCAGCGUUCAUGUCGUUCAUGGCAGUCGCUUACGUCCCUGCAUAUAUCGAGGACAGGGUAGUGUUUGUCAAAGAGCGAGCUAAUGGGCUGUACGGUCCAAUUGCUUUCAUGCUUUCGAACAUAAUCGUGGGCCUACCCUACCUGUUCGGUAUCUCUGUGCUUUUCUCCGUCAUAGCAUACUGGCUCUCCAACUUCAGGCCCGACGCACAAGCGUUCUUUAUAUGGAUCAUGUGGCUCUUCCUUGAUCUUGUAGCCGCCGAAUCCUUGGUUGUAUUCGUUUCCAACCUAGUCCCCAACUUUGUCAUCUCACUUGCUAUCGUCGCAUUUGCCAAUGGGUUGUGGAUGUCCGUUGGAGGCUUUCUGCAUCCGAUACCCCUGCUCAAUCCCUUCUGGAAAUACGUCUUCCACUAUAUUGAUUAUCAAGCCUAUGUCUUUCAAGGCAUGAUGGUCCAUGAGUUCAAGGACAGGACGUACGACUGUUCGUCAGACUGCCGGUGCAGUUAUCCAACAGGGGAUUUGCAGUGUCAGAUCCCCGGUACGGCAGUCCUGUCUGCGUAUGGGUACCCGCUGGGUCGGGAGGGUAGAUGGGUUGGAAUUCUCCUGGGAAUCACUGCUGUGUAUAGGUUGCUCGGUCUUGCUGCAUUGUACUGGAGGAAGGACUAGCUUCUCGUCUAUCCGUUAGAGGCUCUAUUGUUUUAGACUAUUCUAUACACAGUGC